UAAAAAAAGUAGUGGCAAAAAAUCGUCAAAAGAAAAAAUUAUAAUGAAAUCUAAAUCAGGAUCUAAAAAGCGUGAUUUAUCAUUGACAACAAAGACAUCUUCAUAUCGAAAAAUUAAAUCUACAAGCAAAAAACCGAUUCAUGAAUCAAAAUCAUUUACUAAAUCAAAGUUGGACAGCAGUUUAAUCGGUGUCAAAAAACAAGAAAAUGUUGAACCAUUGUCCAAAUCGUUUGUACAAACUGAAAUGUCAAAAAAAAGUUCAAUGGAAAAAUCUGGAUUGCCCAUACCAUCGAAUCCGUUAAUUGAAUCAAAAAUUCAGCCAUCAUCUAAGGUAAACAUUUCAGAAUCGAAUGUAAAUGAAAAUGAAAAACGAAUUGAAUCGCGAUUGAUUCAGGUAAACGUUCCAGAAAAAGUUCAGAAACAAUUGGAUGAAAUUAUAAAAAAUCUUCAAAAAAAUGACCAGGAUGAUGAAUGGGAAUAUUUUUACGAUCGAAUUGAAUGGCCAGAAUUCGAUAAUGAUGAUUACGAAUAUGAAUGGAUCGAUGAGAAAGAUAUCCAUAAAUAUCAACCUGAACAGAUUAUUAGAGUUGAUUAUGAUCCCGAUUCAAAAUGUUCUAUUGAUUUUAAAUCUAAAUUUUGAUAAUAACAACUUUCAAUGAUUUUUUUUGCAUUACAUUUUUCUUUGUUUUUUUCUUUGUGUUUGUUUUUUUCUUUGUCUUCAA